AUGGCCUCAUACUUUCUUCACGAGUUCACUGAUGCACUCACUCGACCCACCUGGACCCAUAUGCAAGCAGCAGCUCUUCAUGGCAUCCGCACCACAAUUGGCGUUUUCAAGCCUACAUUCAGCCAGGCCCAAUUGCUCACUGAAUGUGCACAGGUGCCCAGCAAAGGAAUCCACAUCUCUUGUGAAUUAGCUCUUCCUUCCUCUCAGAUCCCUGCAUCUAUUCACUCAACCUUGAUCCGACCAGGUCAGGUUCCUGUCUUCUUUUAUACCGAUGCACCCUCUGAGUCCCUUGAUGUGAAGAAAGAUGUCAAAGUCAUACCUCAUGUGCACAGAGGUGGCAACGUCUCCAGACAUCCAACAGAAAAGAGGUUUAUAACAUUCUUCUCUCGCAUACUCCACACACUUGGCAAGAAAUCUGGCAUACAAGGAUCCAGUGCACACAUCAUUGCAGCUCCUUCCCACAGACUUGUGAUGGUCCCUGAGAACCUCUUUCCAGCAGCAUUACAAGAUCUAUUCUCUGCAUACCAUCACUUGUUCUUGAGAGGCUUUGCUGCCAAGAAUAUCACUAUCACAGGUAAUAGUGCAGGCAGAAACUUGGGUGCAUCAUGA